GCGUUCUGCAGGUGCGCGGCACAGUACGGCGCGGCGCCCAACGAGCACGUGUGCCCCACGUGCAUGGGGCAGCCCGGCGCCCUGCCCGUGCUGAACGCGCGCGUGGUGGACGCGGCUGUGCGGCUGGCGCUGGCGCUGCAGUGCCGCGUGGCGCUGACGAGCAAGUUCGACCGCAAGCAGUACUUCUACCCCGACCUGCCCAAGGGCUACCAGAUAUCGCAGUUUGACGAGCCCCUGGCAGCGCGCGGCCACGUGGACGUGGACAUGCCCCUCGAGGCGGGCGGCGGGCGGCGGCGCUUUGGAGUCACGCGCGCCCACCUGGAGGAAGAUGCGGGGAAGUCGCUGCAUGGGGGGGAUGGCAGCCAGGUGGAUCUGAACCGGGCGGGGGUGGCACUGGUGGAGGUGGUAUCUGAGCCCGACAUGCGCUCGGGGGCAGAGGCGGCUGAAUACGCCGCCGAGCUGCAGAGACUGGUGCGGUACGUGGGGGUGGGCAACGGCAACAUGGCAGAGGGCUCCAUGCGCUGCGAUGUCAACGUCUCCGUGCGGCCCCGCGGUCAAACCACCCUUGGCACCAAGGUGGAGAUCAAGAACAUGAACUCGUUUCGGGAGAUGCAGCGAGCCAUUGACUUUGAGAUCACGCGGCAGUCACAGCUGCUCAGGGACGGCAAGGCGCAGCACAUCGUGCAGGAGACGAGGCUGUGGGAUGAGGGCAGGCAGGAAACAGCAGCGAUGAGGUCAAAGGAGGGUCUGGCGGACUAUCGGUAUUUCCCUGACCCGGACCUGCCCGCGCUGCACCUGGAAGAAGCCUUCCUGCUCCAGCUGCAGGCGGGCCUGCCGGAACUGCCGGAGCAGCGGCGGCGGCGCUACGAGGCGCUGGGGCUGUCCGUGCAGGACGUGCUCGUGCUCGUGGACGACCGGGAGUUUUCGGACUACUGUGACGGUGUGCUGGCAGCGGGGGCGGAGCCCAAGGCGGCGGCCAACUGGCUGAUGGGCGACGUCACGGCGCUGCUCAAGGCGCACCGCUGCUCCGUGCCGACCAUGGCCGCCCGCAUGCCGCCCGCCAGCCUGGCGGAGCUCAUCGCGCUCAUUCAGGACGGCACCAUCAGCGGCAAGAUCGGAAAGGAGCUGCUGCCGCUGCUCUUCUCGGAGGGCGGCAGUGCACGCAAGCUGGUGGAGGCCAAGGGGCUGCUGCAGAUCUCAGACGAGGCGGCCAUAGAGCGGAUGGUGGAGGAGGUGCUGGCGGGCAACCCCAAGCAGGUGGAGCAGUUCCGCGCUGGCAAGACCAAACUGCAGGGCUUCUUCACCGGGCAG